AAUCUCUCUCUUCCUCUCUCUCUCUCUAGCCCUCCAUUUUCAUAAGGGCUGAGAAGGAGAGGAGUCUGAAUCAUCAUCAACCAGUUUCCUAAUACCAAUCACAAUCCAACAUUAUAUGGAAACGAUCUCUUGAUCAGACAGACUUUCCCAAGUUUCAGGAGUUCAAGGGGAAGAGAGAAAAUGGAGAGUGGAGGGGAGUUGAUCAAAGGGAAUGAGGAAAGGAUUUUGGUGUGUGUGAGAUUGAGGCCGUUGAACGACAAGGAAAUCUCGAACAACGAUGUUUCAGAUUGGGAAUGUGUCAGUAGUGAUACUCUUGUUUACAAGAAUGUCAGCCAUAUUGCUUCAGCCACAUCCACCUAUCCCACAUCCUACACAUUUGAUCGCUUGUUUGGGAAUGAUAGCUCCACGAAAACAGUAUACGAGCAAGGAGCCAAGGAUGCUGCUAUGUCAGUUGUCCAUGGAGUGAAUUCGACUAUUCUCGCUUAUGGUGAGAGGAGCAGUGGGAAGACGUUUACGAUGACUGGGAUCACUGAGUGUGCUGUUGCAGAUAUAUAUAAUUAUAUACAAAAGCAUCCGGAAAGAGAGUUCGUUGUGAAGUUCACUGCUAUGGAGAUAUAUAAUGAAUGUGUCCGCGACCUGCUUAGCACAGAUAACGCCCCUCUAAAACUCGUAGAUGAUCCAGAGAGAGGAACCGUAGUAGAGAAUCUGACCGAGGAAAUCUUGAGGGGCCGAGAUCAUCUCACUGAGCUGAUGUUUAUCUGCCAAGCUCUAAAACAGAAUGGAGACGCGUCGCCUAAUAAACUGAGCCUCCGAUCUCACCAGAUUAUUAGACUGACGAUUGAAAGCUCUCCACGCAGCAAUUUAGAGUGGGACGGCUCCAGCACUCUUGCAGCCACUUUGAACUUCGUUGAUCUGUUUGGAACACAACGAGCGUCCCAAUCAUCGUCUACUGGAACAAGGUCUAAAAAAGGCAGACACAUUGAUCAAAGCUUGCAGACUCUGGGAGCUGUAAUUAGCAGCCUGAGCAAGGGAGGAGAAGAAACCGUACCUUAUAAAAACUCCAAGCUAACUCGAAUCUUGCAAACAUCGCUGGGAGGAAACGCUAGAACUGCCAUCAUAUGCACGAUGAGCCCUGCUCGUAGCCACAUUGAGCAAUCAAGGAACACUCUUCACUUUGCGAGCUGUGCAAAGGAGGUACUUACCAAUGCACGUGUCAAUGUAAUCGUCUCCGACAAAGCAUUGGUGAAGCAUCUGCAGAAGGAGCUAGCAAGGCUCGAGGAUGAGAUUAGAGGUAGCCCUUCCAGAGUCUCGCCUCAAAAUUUCUCAACAUUACUCAGAGAGAAAGAUGCUCAGAUUGAAAAGCUGGAGAAGGAGGUCAGAGAUCUGAUUCUGCAACGAGAUAUUUUCGAGUCGCAAGUUAAAGAUCUGUCAAAAAUGGUUGGAGGCACUGGAAGUUCAAUCACACAGCAGUCGGGAGUGGGGAACUAUCCUCACUUACGAGUGCAACGGUCACCGGAUGCAUACCACCAAGAGAAAAUCAGUUGUAAAUUGUCAUACUCCGAUGCUGAGGCCUCAGAUAUCUUCAGUCGCAGCAAUUCAGAGUGCCGUCCUGCGAAAGUUGCAUAUGUUAAUUAUGGCAACAGCAAUGCAUCUCCGAACACCCUACCAAGUGCUUCACGCUAUACCGAGAGUGAACUGUUUUAUGGUUGGCACGAGAUCGACAACCAAACUAGUUCAGAUUUGGAGGACUUGUGCAGGGAGGUGAACUGCCCUGACAAGGAGUAUUGCGGACGCGCAGAGAAUAAUUCCAAAUUCUCGUAUUUUCAAGUCGACACUCGAUUUCCUGUUGGAAAGGUGCAAGUGCCACCCAGAAUAAGGAUCUCCAAAGAAGGCGGAGAACGUGACUCAGAGGGAGUGAUCAAAGGUGAAGAACCAACUUCAGCAACGUCUGCUAAAGAGAGCGAUGAUCAUAGCUCCACCGAGACUCCUGAGAGCACUGUGUCAUCUCUUCGAAAGAAUUCUCUUUCGCAUGAUCAAGCUAGGAUCGGAUUUAUCAAUAGAAGUAUGCAGUUGGUGAGGAGCCUGAGCUGCAACUCUAGCCAUAUCUCCGGAUCACCUUCUCCAUGGUUCAAGAUCACAGACUACACACCGGAAAAAGAAUGUCAGAGCUGUAAAAGGAAGAUGUGUGAAUUAAACUCUGGUUCCAGCUCGGAGAGAUGCCAAUCUCGCCCCAAAGGCUCGUCUGGUAUGGAGAGUGCCACACCAGCAAGAGGAACUUCGAGAGGCGGUGAGUGUGCUCCUGACACGAAGGAAAAAGGCAAUGAUCUUCCCACAACUGAAGGAGAAAACACUAAAAAAACAGAAAAGGGGAAGGAUGUGAAAGACCCCUUCAAAUUAGAAGAUAAAUUCAGAGGUCUAACAAGUUGGCCAGUAGAAUUCAAGAGGAUUCAAAGAGAAAUAAUUGAACUUUGGAAUGCUUGCAAUGUUGCAUUAGUCCAUAGAACAUACUUCUUCAUGCUCUUUCAAGGCGACCCCACGGAUGCUAUCUAUCUCGAGGUAGAGAUCAGGAGGAUGAAGUUGUUGAAGGACAAAUUCAUUCAAGGGGAGAAGGUUGUUGUCGAUGGACAACGCCUAUCGCUCUCCUCAAGUGCGAAGGCCCUUCGUCGGGAGAGGCGGAUGUUGAGCGACCAGAUGAUGAAGAGGAUGACGGAGAAAGAAAGAGAGAACCUCUUCACAGAGUGGGGAAUCGCUCUCGACACCAAAAUGAGAAGGCUGCAGCUGGCUAAUCUGGCUUGGUCCAAGCCGAGAGACAUAAACCACGUCAACAAGAGUGCAAAUCUUGUUGCAAAGCUGGUCGGGUUUCUUGACCCAGGCCAGACUCCGAGCAAAGAGGUGUUCGGGAUGAAUCUAACACCCAAGUACUCCACAGGAAUCUGCACUUACAAACCCAGUCUUGGAUCUCUCCUAUGAU